AUGAGCGUAACACCCUCAUCACCAUCCUCCUCCUCCUCCUCGUUAGACUCUUCAUUAGACUCUUCAUUGACCACCCGAGACACCACCACCACCACCACCACACACCCCUCUCUGAAAUCAUCAUCAAAAAGUUCAUCAUGUCCACAACAGGAACAUCCUACUCAAUGCCAUUUCUAUGUCAAACAAAAACAUCGAUUUUGUAAGAGAGAACGAGCACCUAAUAGCCUCUAUUGUCAUACUCAUACCAUUCAUGAUGAUGGUCAAGAUACUGCAACUACAAAGAAAAACACUCACAUCUCAUCAUCCUCAUCAUCAUCAUUGACUACUACCAAUAGUACUACUACUAUCCAACAAGAACAACAUUCAUCUCAACCAAUGAAACGAGUGCCAUGUCCCAUCGAUCCUUCUCAUAGCGUUUAUGAAUAUCGAUUGAAGAAACAUUUAAAAAUUUGUAACAAAUCUCUCUCACAGAAUCGAAUGAUGCAACAACCCUAUUAUUGUCCAUCUAUUCAUUAUAAUUAUUUAAAGAAUUAUCAUCAUUAUGAUCACACGAAUCACAGUAACCUCAAUAACAACACCACCACCAACAACACUAAUCAGAACCAUGAUUACACCAACAACAACAACAACAUUAAUAACAACACCACCAACAACAACAAUAACACUACAACAUCCAUUUCAUUCACAAACAUUGGUGACCUCUUUAAACAUCAUUCUGAAUAUUUUAAAAAUUUAAUUUCAAAAAUUAAUUAUUUAUAUGACCACCAAUUACAAAUCAACACUCUCAUUGAAGAACACAUGAAUGAGGAUUAUAAUUUCAUUCAAUCAUCUACAAAUGAUGAUGAAGAGUUUAGAGAAAAACAUCACAAACAGCAUUGUUCAAUUAUUUAUAAUAUUCAACACUCUCAAUGUCUUUCACAUGAUUUUGAUUAUAUUGAAUUUGGAUGUGGAAAAGGAUCAUUGAGUUAUUGUGUGAGAAGAGCAUUGAUUGAUAUGGCAAUAUUAGAGAGAAGGAAAGAAUUACACAAACGUGAAGAUCAAAUGAAUUCUAUAGAGCAUUCUAUGAAACCUAUGAAUACAAUUGAGAAUUCUGUGGAGAAUUCAAUAGAGAAUUCAAUGGAAAAUUCUAUAAUGAAUUCAAUAGAGAAGAAUUCUUCUGCAACAUAUAGGAUGCCAGAACAUUCUAAACAAAAUGCAAUCACUCCCAAAGUCAUUUCCAAUCAAACCUUUAUUUUAAUUGAUCGAGAAAAUCAAAGAAGAAAAGUCGAUAAUUUUAUUAAAUAUGGAACUCGAUUGCACAACAAUAAGAAUCAGCCACAAGAUGGAAUCACAGCAGAGAUUGUCAAUGUUGAAAGAAUUCUUGCAGAUAUUGGAGACUUGGAUUUAUCUCAAGUGAAAUGUAUUGAUAGUCAUGCUGGUGAAAAUGUUAUCAAAGGGAUGAACAUGAUCACCACCACCACCACCACUAGUAGUACCACUCGUACCAACAACAACAAUAACAACACGACUAGCACAACUACUACUACUACUAGUAGGGAUACGACUAGCACUACCAACAAUAACAACACUACGAGUAGUGAAACCAGGGAUAUCACCACAAUUUUCUCAGAAAGCGACAACAUGAUGUUGACACACACAUGUUGUUCUCAAUCUAUUUAUAGACACACCAUUUCCAUAUCCAAACACUUGUGUGGAAUUGCAACCGAUUUAACACUCUGUUGUUUAUACUCUCUCAAUACAACCAUUCCUCACAAAAAUAAGGGAAUAUUCAUUGCAUUGUGUUGUCAUCACAAAUGUACCUUUGAUGGAUAUAUUAACAAACAAUUUCUACAUGAUUGUGGAAUUAAUGAAACUGAUUUUAAAGCAAUGACUUUAUUGACAUCAUUUGCAACUUGUCAAUUCUCCAAGUUAUCCAAGUGA